GGAUAUCUUAGUCCUGAGACUAAACCAUCUGGGCCUGAGCACUACUGAUAAGAAGGUGUAUCUUGGCCAGACCACAGAGCUGGGAAGCAUUCCAGAAGAAGAAACUGGUUUUUUCAGGCUUGUGACCAAAACAGGGUAAUUUGAGGGAGGGAUAUUUCCCAAACGCAGCGGAGCAGCACGAUGGCUCCGGCGCUGGCUCUCGGGGCACUCCUGGGGCUCCUGGGGCUCCUGGGGGACCCAGGGGGGGCAACGAAGGCCCCCCCAAAUGUCCGUGUCCCCCCAGUUCUCCACUCCCUGCGUUACCUGCGAGUGGUGGUGUCGGAGCCCGGUCAGGGGCUCCCCCAGUACGUGGCCGUGGCCUUUGUGGACGGGAUCCCCUUCGCGCGCUACGACAGCGAGCGGGGCCGGGUGGAGCCACGGACUCUGUGGAUGGCGGCUGGAGCUGAGCCGGGAUAUUGGGAUACGGAGACCUGGAUCAACGAGAGGUACCGGCACAGGGACCCCGCCCACCUGGAGACGCUGCAGAUCCGGUACAACCAGAGUGGGGGUCUCCACACGCUGCAGCGGGAUUGCGGCUGUGAGCUCCUGUCCGAUGGGAGCAUCCGUGGAUCUUGUCGGGAAGGCUACGACGGGCAGGAUUUCAUCUCCUUCGAACUGGGAUCCAGGAGCUUUGUGGCAGCCGAUGGCGCUGCCCAGAUCACCAAGAGGAAAUGGGAAUCUGACGGGAUCACGGUGGAGGAGUUGACAAAUCUCUUGGAGCACAUCUGCCUGGAAGUGCUCCAGAAACAUGUCCGAUAUGGGCGGGAGGCACUGGAGCAAAAAGAGCCCCCUGACGUCCAUGUGUCUGGGAAAGAGGAACACGGGAUCCUGACGUUGUCCUGCCACACGUACGGAUUCUACCCCGGGAUCAUCGGGAUCAACUGGCUGAAGGGGGAUGAAAUCCGGGAUCAGGAGACAGAGUGGGGCGGGAUCGUUCCCAACAGCGACGGCACCUUCCACAGCUGGGCCAGGAUCGAGGCGCUGCCGGGGGAGCGGGAGCAGUACCGGUGCCGGGUGGAGCACGCCGGAAUGCCGGAGCCCGGAAUCUUCGCCUGGGAGCCGGAAUUUGGAUGGAAUUUCAUCCUGGUGCUGGUCGCUGUGUCCAUCAUCGCUGCCAUUGUCAUCAUCAUCCUCAUCCUCAUGAGAUUUGGCAUCUGGAAGCUCCGAUCCAGUAACUCAUGGAAUGGGGAUCAGGAAGGGGCACAGAUCCGCCCGGCAGCAUUCCAGGGAUGCUGUGCCACAGGUCCUGAUCCCACUUUAUUUCCAUUGGAAAGAGGAAGGGAUAUAACAUGGCAACUGGAAUAGACACGUGAACAAACAGCUUGACUGCAGGAAUCACCACCUGAGUGAUCCAUGGAGCCAGAGCAAAGGAAAUCUGGGAGCUACCGGCUGAGCUCAUCCCACUGCUCCCACCCACCCCAGCCCUGCCAUGUCUCUUCUGAAUGGAUCAUCUUCCCAUUUUCCCAUGUUUGAAAGCCAGGAAUCACAGCUAUUUCAAUGCUUUCAUUUUGGUGUGAAAAUAUCCUUCCCCCAUGUCCAGCAGAGCAAAUUCCAGGGGCUCCAGGAUGGACUCACCACUGGCCAAGGCUCAGCCCAUCAGAGAUGGCAGUGAUGCCUUGGGGAGAACGUAUUGAAGGAGGAAAAAGUCCUUGCGCAGAUGGAAUUGGGUGCAGAGAAGAACAGAGUGGGAACAGGGGAGAGGAAGAGCUCUGCAGACCCCCAGGGCAGUGCAGAAGGAGGGGCAGGAGGUGCUCCAGGCACAGGGGCUGAGAUUCCCCUGCAGCCCAAGGAGGAGCCCACACCGGAGCAGGGGGAUGCCCGAAAAGAAGGAUGUGAGCCCGUGGGAAGCCCGUGCUGGAGCAGAGUCCCUGCAGCUGCUGCGGCCCCAGAGAGCUCCAAGGGUCUCACUCAGCACUGCUGGUUAUGGGGCCCCCACAGAGGGGGCUUGAGGCACAGGAAUUGUCCAUCCUGGCCGCAAUUCAGGUCUGUGACUUUCUCUGAAAGUUGGAGAACAAAAAUAGGAUUCCACUUGGAUUGUUCUUCAGGCAAGAAAAAUAAUAAAUUUCCCAGGCUGCUCAUUAAAGCAGCAGGACCUGGUUAGACAGCACCAGUUCCUGGGAGCAGAGAGUGUUUCUGAGCAGCUCAAGAGCAGCUCAGCCCAGGGCUGUUCAUCAAGGCUGAGGCCUAAUGAGCAUUCUCAGAUCACAGGGAGGCCUGGGGUGGGUGGGGAUGCACCGCCACACCUGGACAGGUGUCGUCCCAAGGACUUGCACAGCUGGGAGGUGUUUUCAGUCUCAGCCCCCCCCCCACCCCGGUCACCCCACAAGAUGCUGGACGGCCCUUCAGACCCACCUGAGACCACCCCCUGUCUCUCCAAGAACCUGCAGGAGGGGAAAGCAGCUGAGUCUAAACCAGCAAGUGUUCUGUCGAGCUUUAAUGUCUCGCAGCUGCUUGCAAGCUUGGUUUGCUUUGUUUGCUAAAAUGUAUAAAUAGUAAAAAGCUCUGCGAGUUGGUGCCUGACUUGUGAAACAGCACCGGGCACCCAGCUCUGGAGUAAUAACGACUCAGUGUGUCUCUCGAGUGUGUCAUUGUCGGCUUGUCACAGGGGAACGAAUGCGAUGUUUGCGGCCAAGGCCGAGGCACAAACUCGUUCCGAGCCCGGCGGGGCUCAGCGGGAAGGAGGAGCCCGCGGGCAGCCGCUGAAAUAGAGACAAGACAAAAGAAAAAUUUAGCCAUGUUAGCAUGAAGUGUGCCUUUGCAGAAUUGUAACUGCUCGCAAACAGGUCUCUGCCCAAAUUGGGGGCAGUUAAAAUGAAGGGGAAGUAAACAAAUAAGGGACUGACAGGGAAAGCGGGAAAACAAAGGCUUUUAGCACAUAACAUUGCAAGGGAGACAGGAGAGGGGUGGGGGGAAAACAGCGCUUGAAAUGAUAAAAUUUUAUGUUCCUACUCUAUAAUAAUUAAAAUAGGGAUAGGUAACUGAAUGUUUAUUUAGAUAAGGUAGACUUCGUACCAAUUCUCAAAGAGUGUAUAUGAUAGGUAAUUUUUGAAACUUAGUCCUUCCAAAUGUAUAAAAGCUGUUGUGUUUCUUUUCUCAGUGGAAUGCACGGAGGGGGCGAAACCCCUUUGCAUUGCCCCGGCCGGAAAUAAAAAGUGUGCUUUUA